ACCAGCCCAGGGGCUGCCAGAAGUCAUGCUUCGCUCAGCCCUGCCACCGGCCCGGCCCAGGAGGUGCCCCCCUUUCUGAUUCUGGCUCCGCCUCUUCCCUCCUUCCUUCCAGUGUGUAUCUCACCCCGCCGCCCCCGCUCCCGUCCCCCAAGCCUGUGCUGCCCCAGGCACCUCCCGGCGGGAGAGACAUAGAACAAGAGGACUGACGGAAGGAGAGACUGACGGCAGCAGCAUGGCGGAAAAGAACCUGGAGAGGUGUCAGCAGCAGGCGGACGAAGUGACGGAAAUCAUGCUGAACAACUUUGAGCGGGUGCUGGAGCGGGAUGGAAAACUGGCCGAGUUGGAGCAUCGAUCAGACCAGCUCCUUGAUAUGAGCUCGGCCUUCAGCAAGACAACCAAAACCCUGGCCCAGAAGAAGCGCUGGGAGAACAUCCGAUGGAGAGUGAUCCUGGGCGCUGUCGUCGGCUGCUUAUUGCUAGUCAUUCUCAUCACGCUGCUGGUUGUCUUCAUUCCCCGGGAGUGAGCCAGCUGUGGCCACAGGGUAGGGGGAUUCAUCCCAGGCCAGGAGACUGAACCAGAACUCGGGAAAAGAGAGACCAACCUCACCCGUUGCACUGAGCCUCACGAGCUGCUGUGGUCCUGGGAACCACAGAUGGUGAUGGAGUUGGAGAAACUCUGGGGAUUUUUUCAAUAGUGGACUUGACUCCACCAGCUGCACUGUUACUAGACAUUGAUGCCUUGAGUCUUGCUGACCCUGAGCACCACAGGGUCCCAGCUAUACUGCCCCGCCGCUGGACCCUCCAGAGCUCAGUAAAUACCACUCACUAUUGGGUAAACAGUCUGGUUUCUGUGCGAAAGGUUCAGAGCAGGUUCCCUUCUUGUUCUCCACCCUGGUUAGGAAGUCCACCACCUCCAAGCCGGCAUCCCCAGGGGACAGACUGUCUCUACAACCUAGCUGGCCUUUUCCUGGAGUAUGCCCACAUCAGUGAGGCUCUGGCCUCAGAGUCAGGAAACCUGGGAUUCAAAUCCUAUCUCAGACACACCGGGCGAGUCACUUAAUGUCUCUGGUCCUCAGUUUUCUCAUCCAUAAAAAUCAGGGGGUUGGAUUCAUUGGCUGCCAAGGUACCGUCCAGCCCUAACUCUAUAAACCUAAUGAUGCAUCACGGAGUGUCGAUGUCCCAUCUCCCAAGUUUUCUGCUUUUUGCUUCGGAGGCAGCUCUAGGGUACUUUGGAGGGGGUGCUCUGGCUUGAUGUAUAGCCCUGCCCACAACAGUCCAUACUCCACAACCUCAAGACAGGAUCCCUCCCUCUUUCUGAGCUCCGGUUACUACUUUAGUUCCUGGCAGUUCCUUCCUUCCCUCCUUCCUUCCAGAAGUUCUAAAUCUCAGCUCUAGAAAAGACAUCAGAGGCCAUCUAGUCCAAUGUACUUUACAGAUUAGGAAACUAAGGGCUAGAGGAAUCUAGUGACUUGCUGGCAAAGAUGAAGUGGAUAGAAUGCUGGACCUGGGGUCAAGAAGUCCUGAGUUCAAAUCCAACUUCAGAUAGAUAACAGCUAUGUAACUAUGGGCAAGUGACUUAAAUCUUUACCUGCCUCAGUUUUCACA